UAAUGAACUACUUAAUCAGCUGACGUUUUUCUUCCUAAAAGACGCCUUAAUGUCGAACGAGUUUGCAAUUCAAGGAAAUGUUCACAAACUGUUGAAGCUGCUAGAUGUACCGCCUGAUUCAGGACAAGCAGCUGCCUUUACUGAACAACUUUCGAAAAACGUGACGCCUUUUGUGUUCACGCAAGUCUCAGCCCACAAUGCGAAACGAAAGAUAGCCGAGUUUUCUCCUCGACCGGAGAAGUUUUUGUCCAAAUAUGAAGAACUAAAAGCUCGCAGUGUUAGGGGAUUGGACCCUCUGAUUCAGAUCUUGAGUCUAGUUGUCUCGAAGAAAGGAAUGCCCGAAAAACUGGCUCCGAGGUUCAAUUUGAACAUUCAUCUAGACUUGGCCAGAUCGUUAAACUCAAAUUCGGAUGGAUCUCUGCUGCAAACUCGAAUUAAAAUGACGGACAAGGAAAUAGCGAGUAUCCGAGAGAAUCUACUGCGUGAUAAAGAUGUGAACAAAGUCUUGUCGGCUUCUGGCAGUUUCAAUUCAGGAGAGUCGAAACGACAUAAGCUAAAAUCGGCUCUGGUGAAACGCAAUUCAAACGUGCCUUCCCUUCCAGCGUGGUGUUAUGAACAAGGUCUAAUUAGUCGUGAUUUUGUGCCGAUGUCAAGGGCACAAGUCGUGAAUUAUGAUUCCCCGAGUAGGAACGAGCCCGAAAUAGGGUCACUGGCUCUUAGUCAUCAAGAGGCACUCGUUUGCAACGACUUGAUUUGCCUCAUGAGCGGGAUCAGUGGCAAAUAUAUCAAGUCGAAAGAACUUGCGUCUGAGUUGGACAAGCGAGAAUUCGUCAUUGACAACUCCCUGGAUCCUAGUCUGGUCACUUUCGUCCAACGGUUUCUGCCUAUUUUUGUAAACUACUCGACCAUCAUGCGAUUCAUGGAAGAGAAAAGUGCGUUCGAAUUUGGUCAAGUCAACCACGCUCUCUGUGCGGCGAUCAGGUCUCUAAUGAAGGAGUAUUUGAUUCUGAUCGCUCAAGUGGAAAGGCAGAAGAACCAGGGUCAGCUUCAGUUGCAGCGGCUGUGGCAUCUGGUCCAACCGACAAUGCAGACCAUUCAGAUUAUUGCGAGCAUUGUUUCCGAUAUUAAUAAAACUGGCUAUACUGGCGGUGAAGUGCUCACAGUGCUACAUAGUUACGUAAUCAAUUCCAUCAAAGACGUCAAAACUCAAGAACUGUGCAACUACCUAGCCUCAGCAGCAUCUAGACCGUUUUUCGACAUUCUUCAGGAUUGGAUCUACAAAGGUCAAAUAAGCGACCCUUUCUUCGAUUUCAUGGUUGAACAGAAACAUGGAAGUACUCUAGAUGGAGACGCGGUCAAAUACGGUGCCAAGGAAAGCCUAACUGUUGAUUAUUGGGAUAAAUAUUACGUCCAAGUACCGAAAAAUACGCCUCUGUUCUUAGACGACCUGCGAGAUUUAAUUUUAAAUACUGGAAAGUAUCUGAACGUAGUUAGGUUGUACGGACAGCAGUUUGCUUUUCCAAAAGCAAAAGAAAUUCUGUACACCAAGCAAAUAAAGUAUUAUAGGGAUAUUCUAGAGGAAGCUUACAAAUUCGCUAGUAAAUUGUUGCUGGAUCUUCUGAUUGAAAAGGAAGGUCUGAAAUCGAGACUCACAUCAGCCAAGCAGUAUUUUCUCAUGGGACAAGGCGAUUUUUUUCUACAGUUCAUGACAAUGGCAGCAUCAGAACUGAAGAAGUCUGUAUCAGAUAUUGUGCCAGCUAAACUCGCCAACAUGUUAGAAUUGUCAAUGCGAACCAGCUCUGCGAAUUCGGACGCGUACAAAGACGACGUGAAAACAGUUCUGCUGCCUUAUGAUUACGUAACUCAGUUGCAUCAGAUUCUGUCGAUAGAAACAGACCAUGAAAGUCAAAGUAUGGCAUCCAACGCAACUGAGCUUAACCUUAGUGGUCUGGAAGCGUUCUCGAUUACCUUUGACGUUAAGUGGCCGGUUAAUUUGGUGAUUAAUCAAAAAGCUGUAGCUAGAUAUCAGAUGCUGUUUCGGCAUAUAUUCUACAUCAAAAAUGUGGAAAGGCUUCUUUGCUCGGUAUGGGUGGACAAUAAAGCUUGUAUUGCCAGCGAUGGAUCUGGCUACACAAAAUGGCACGCCAAAAUGUUUUUGUUAAGAGACAAAAUGAUGGGUUUUGUGAAGAACUUGGAAAUAUACAUCAUGUUCGAUGUGAUUGAACCGCACUGGGAUAAGUUACAGAAGGUUCUGGUGGAUAUUUCGGAUGUUGAGUUGCUCCUGAGAACACAUUCGGAGUUUCUGGACCACUGCUUGAAGGACUGUAUGCUGACAACUCCUGACCUUCUGUCUUUCGUGAGCAAACUGCUGGUUGUGUGUGUUAACUUUGCCAACGCUAUUCGUCGACUGACAAGGAGUGCAAAGUUGCAGAAGGAUGCGGCCGCAACUCUGCUCCACGGAACAUCAACGGGCGACGCUCAGACGAAUGCGGCGAACCGAGCACGCGACGACAAAAAAGCGGCUGCUGAUUUGACGAAAGGACCGAAUAUUGAUCACGUGAUUAACACGUUCAAUAAAAACUUCAAUAAACUGUUCAACCAAUUUUUAGAUAGACUUAAUUACUAUGAGAAACGCGAAGGAGAGUUGUCAAUGAUUAAUGUAAUAUCUAGACUGGAUUACAACGGGUAUUACAGUGAACUGUUAGUCAAGGCCAAAGAACGCAAAUUAUUGAGAAAAGCGUCAAAUAGUGCGGUCAAUAUGAAUAAUGUAAAUAAUGAUGAAUGAGGAGCUAAUGUUUAGUGCCUUUUUGUACAUUUUGCCUUAGAUAUUUUUCUACCUAGUUUGAUUGUCUAUUUUGAGAAGAAUAUUUUCAAUAGAUUUAAUUUUUCCUU